AUGGUGGGUUUGCUGAAGACCACUGGCCUUGUGGGAUUGGCUUAUCUAAGUAUAGUUAAAGCAGAACCAGGUAUUAAGAAAUUAGAAGACCGAGUUCGGGGAGGCUACCUAGAAGAGGUGAUUCUUCAGGCUGAAAAUGAACUAGGUCUGGCAAGAAAAGUGAUACAGUGGAAACCAUGGGAGCCUUUAGUGGAAAAGCCUCCUGCCAACCAAUGGAAAUGGACAAUGUAG